GAUCUGUAGCAAGACAAAUAGCAGCUGCUGAUAUCCGUAGCAAAAUAAUAACAACGGCACAACAAUGGCUCUAGAUUUCACGAGACGCCAGUGGCUGACACUGAUGAUCAUGGGACUGGCCGACUUCUGCAAUGCCAUCUGCGUCAGUUUACAGGCGCCGUUCUUCCCGAACGAGGCAGAAUCGAAAGGCGCCACGGCCACCGAGUACGGGCUCGUGUUCGGCAUCUUCGAGCUGGUGGUGUUCAUCAUCUCGCCCGUCUACGGUCAGUACAUCAACCGGAUCGGGCCGAAAGUAUUAUUCAACAGUGGCAUCUUCACCACGGGCACCUCGGCCAUCCUGUUCGGUCUGCUGGACCGCGUGCCUGGCCACGUGCCCUUCAUUACGCUCGCGUUCGUGAUACGCAUCGUGGAGGCGCUUGGGAAUGCGGCCUUCCUGACGGCCUCGUUCGCCAUUAUCGCCAAGGAGUUCCCGAACAACGUCGCCACCACCUUCGCCUCUCUCGAGACCUGCUUUGGGCUGGGACUGAUCGUCGGACCGAUGGUCGGUGGGGCGCUGUACAGCGUCGGUGGUUACUAUCUGCCGUUCGUCGUGCUCGGAUCGGCCCUGUUCGUGACGGCCAUCCUGACACUCUGCAUCCUACCGAAGCACCCGGACGACCAGCCACCGAACCGGGAGAAGUCCGCCUCACUGCUUUCCGUGCUCAAGAUCCCGGGAGUGGUCGUGUGCGCCUUGGCCAUUUGCGCCACCAGCGCGUCUAUUGGAUUCCUAAGCGCCACGAUGGAACCACACUUGCGACAGUUCGAUCUCAGUCCAAUUCUUCUUGGUGUCGUGUUUGUUAUCAACGGGGGAGUGUACGCACUCACGGCUCCUGUGUGGGGUUGGAGCGUCGAUAAGUUCCUCAACCCAAAGAUCGUUUCCACCGUCGGCUGCUUCCUGAUCGUCGGUGGGUUCUGCUUGGUUGGUCCUGCGUCAUUCCUCCCACUGGAAACAAAUCUCACCUACGUCAUUACUGGACUGGUGCUACACGGACUGGGCAUUGCGGCAGUUCUUGUUUCCAGCUUCACCGAUGCCCUCGACAUAUCGAUUAAAAAAGGCCUCCCUGACAACAUCGAAACGUAUGGGCUCAUCUCCGGACUGUGGACCUCAACCUUCGCCUUCGGUGCCUUCGUCGGACCGUCCGCCAGCGGGCUGUUGUUCGAUGCGAUCGGCUUCCGUGCGUCCACAGUGUUCAUCAUCGGAUUGCAGCUGCUCGUCGGCAUCAUCACCAUUCUGUUCCUCUUCUUCGAGCGCACGCCCGCUCCGUACAAGGAAGUCUCCUCCACCGAGUCCCUCAUCAAGCCCGACAAUGCCAGCACGCACGAUGGGGAUUCACACAACGAAAGUACCGCUAGUCGUAGCAGUAGUCUUGACAUAACCUACAGAGGCAACAAGUCGGGAUUCUCUGGCAGUCAGAGUUCACUCAUCGGUUCUUGGCGCCCGUCGGUAAACAACCUGCUAAUCAGCAACAGCUAUCAAAGCAAGCAAGGACACUGGGCACGUUCCGUCACCGAAUUGGAGAGCAACAGUGGCACGCAGUACGGAACGCACUAUGGAAGCUUCGAUGCCAGACCCGGCUACCAUGACACGAUGGCUUAGAAACACUGCGUGGCCACGGGAGGACACGCGCGUCUCAUGCCCGGCCCCGCAUGGCGGCCUGCGGUUCGGUAUUUUUCCUCUUGUCCCGCUCACUCAGCGCACCCUAGACCUGCCAAAAGACAACCAGCUUAACUAGUUGUAACUACUUCCUAAGUAUCGAAGCACACAGAAUCUACUCGAAAGCGGGGGCGAUGUCUUUCGACCCGAUGGGAUUCCCGAAACUUAACGCAAGCAUAUACACACCAAGACACCAUAAACCGACUACUCUCUGGAUCCAUAAGGUGAUCCUUUAAGAGUCCUAUAAUGUUGGAAGGCCGAUCAACGAGAUCGUUAUAAGAAAGUCGACAAGGACACACACAUAAUCUCUCAUUUUAAAAACAAAAUCCAAGCCCCCAAACUGAGCCCACGAGGAAUACAAUCUAGUAUAACUGCCCGUGCAAUCAACACUACCAACCAAAAAAUGGCUGUUGGCUGGCUAACAGUCUUCUUUUCAACCAAGACUAUUUUACGUCUCACCCCUUAGA